AAGGUCAUCAAGAGGUCAGCAUUUCAGUACCGCCAUCUUCUGUGUCUUUUGUAAUCAUUUUACGGCCAGAAAAUACAUACUACAAGGAUCCCGGGAUAUUCUAACCCAUAGGACUGCUACAGACCAGACUGCAAGGUUUGAACUGCUCACACCUGGAAGGACCCCUACUCUUUUCCAUAAGUGUGGUGGGUUUUUUACGAGCAACAAAGGCCGGCAACCAUCAACUAUAGACAUGUGGUCGCACACUGGAAAACACAAUCGUGAAGAAACAAGAGAAGAUGGGACAUUUGAUGGAAGACAAAAAGAAGACAGACGUGCAACAGCAAGUUGCACCACAGACCUAGGACUAAAACAUACAUGUGACAUGUGGAGAGCACCAGGGAGUAGGAGAGACAUUCAGGAAUGUAGCUGGGGUGCAAGCAGUCAAAAGAACAAGUCAGAAAUUGGCCCUCAGCCUUUGCAACAUACAUGCAGUAGUGGAAAUCAAGCCUGGGUGUGCUACAUUUGUGGGUCAGAAUUUAGCACGAUCUCAAGUUUCGAAGACCACAUCAAUAGUGCUCAUAUGCCAGGAUCCAAAAGAAAAUGCAACUCUGAGACCCUCCAAAGUAACAUACCCGGCUUAUCCAGCCAACCAACUCCUGUACAAACCCACCCCAUAGAAAGGAUCUUCCCUUGUAGUUUUUGUGAGAAGAACUUCACCACUAAGGCAUAUAUGAAUAUUCACAUGCGUGUGCAUACAGGCGAUAAGCCUUACAAGUGUCAGAUGUGUGACAAGGCAUUUAGUCAGCAUGGUACGCUGAAGAACCACAUCCGUACACACACUGGCGAGAAACCUUUCGUCUGCGAGUUUUGCGAAAUGUCGUUUACAAGCAAGGGCAAUAUGAUAACACAUACACGCAUCCAUACUGCGCAUAAGCCUUAUGAAUGCCAAGUGUGUGAGAAAAAAUUCAGCCAGCUUGGUAGCUUGAAAGUCCACAUGCGUAAACACACUGGGGAGAGACCGUUCGAGUGUCCGAUGUGUGGUAUGAAGUGCAUCACUAAGGGUAACCUCAAGACCCACCUUUACACUCACACUGGUGAGAAACCUCACAAGUGUGAGGUAUGUAGGAAGGAAUUUAGCCAAAAAGGAAGUCUAAAGACCCAUAUGAAGACUCACAAUCCUUGACAAGGACAUGGUUUGUAACAUAAGACCACAGUCA